GACCUUUGUCGGAAGGCACGAACUAGUUCUUUGGCGGCGAUGCAAAUUGAGCCGCCAUCCUUAUCUUUCUUUGUAGUUUUGCAUACAAUUUUUCUUUCACUGCCAUCCGUUUCCUUUUGCCAUUUGCAUACAAGAGAGAUUCCAAUAAUCCAAAUCAAACUCAUCUUUAUCUCCCUCUCUUAUACCCAAUCUCAGCCAUCGCUUAUUCGCCACAUUUUUCACUCAUUGAGAUCCCAAACUUCAUAGAGAAGGAACAGAAUAGGCAGAAAUAUUUGCGGGCUUAAUUUUCUUUCUUCAUGCGGUCCUGCAUCUCCAAAUUUUUCCAAUGGCAUCGCGGUUGCAGAAAUUUCAGUUUGGCCAAGCAUAUGAUUCUGCAUGGAAGUAGGGAUACUCAAGGUCUAAGUGGCCAUGUAGAUGGCUCCAAAGUGAAGACGUUCUCAACCUCAUGUGGAACGUUGGCAGAGGAUGCAAUAAAAGAUAAUCCUGUCUCUGAUAUGUUAGUUGAUUCAUUUGGGAGGCAACAUACUUACUUGAGGAUCUCAUUAACGGAACGUUGUAAUCUACGAUGCCAAUACUGUAUGCCAGCUGAGGGUGCAGAGCUUACUCCUAGCCAGGAACUUCUCUCGACAAAUGAGAUUAUUCGUUUGGCAAAUUUAUUUGUUAGUUCUGGUGUACACAAAAUUCGUUUGACUGGUGGGGAGCCAACCAUUAGGAAGGAUAUUGAAGAAAUUUGUUUUCAGUUGUCAACUUUGAAUGGAUUGAAGACCCUUGCCAUGACUACAAAUGGGAUUAUUCUUGACAGGAAACUUCCAUUGUUAAAAGAACAUGGAGUUAGUUUGUUGAAUAUAAGUUUAGACACUUUGGUUCCUGCAAAAUUUGAAUUUAUGACUAGGCGAAAAGGACAUGAAAGGGUAAUGAAGUCGAUUGAUGCAGCAAUAGAAUUGGGAUAUAAUCCCGUCAAGUUGAAUUGUGUCGUAAUGCGUGGAUUCAAUGAUGAUGAAAUUUGUGAUUUUGUCGAGUUAACACGUGACAAGCCAAUCAAUGUCCGGUUCAUUGAGUUUAUGCCUUUUGAUGGAAAUGUCUGGAAUGUGAAGAAACUUGUACCGUACUCCGAAAUGUUGGAUAGAGUGGUGAAACGGUUUACAGGACUUCAAAGAAUUCAGGAUCAUCCUUCAGAGACAGCCAAGAAUUUCAGGAUUGAUGGCCACCAGGGUACAGUUUCUUUCAUCACAUCAAUGACAGAGCACUUUUGUGCUGGUUGCAAUCGAUUGAGACUUUUAGCUGAUGGAAAUUUUAAAGUUUGCCUUUUUGGACCCUCAGAGGUUAGCUUGAGGGAUCCUCUGCGUCAAGGUGUUGAUGAUACUGAGCUCAAGGAGAUUAUUGGGGCAGCGGUGAAAAGGAAGAAAGCUGCUCAUGCUGGGAUGUUUGACAUUGCAAAGACACCAAACAGACCGAUGAUACAUAUUGGUGGAUGAACUUAUCUUUAGUUCAAUAGCGUUAUUAUAUGUUUUCACUGGAGGAAAUGUGUAAAAGAAAGAAAGAAAGAAUAAUUCGUGGAGCUUCCUUUAUGAGAUUAAAACGAGACCUCUCCUUUGCUCAGUUUGUGUUCUUCAUUGAAGAAACUGAACGAAUGCUUAUAUGGGGUCAACAUAGCUUUAUAAGAUGGUGGAUGCACAUGCAUUUGGUUACCACAUCAUUAUAAGGUAAACCAUCUAUCUUUGAAUAACAUUUGCCUCUGUUUAGAUAUUGCAAGUCUCUUCACUUGCUUGUAUGGGAAUUCAAUUGAGCCUUUCUUACUAAGAUAUUGAAGAAGCCAUUUCAGCCUAUGCAAUAUUCAAAAUAUAUGUUCUAUUGCUACUGUUGGUGGGUAUAUUGUUUAUAGCUGGAUUAUUUCACUCUCACUUUCACAUCUGUACUUUCUGUAGCGGUUUCCUCCUGGUGACUUGGAUAAUUGUUUUAGACUGACGAUGUUUUCCUGUCUUUCUCUUGCAGAUGCUGAAAAUAUUACUUGGUCGUGACUCUUAUCUAUUUAUUGAUCUCACGUUCUCUUGAUCUAAUCUGAAGAAUACAAAAGAGGAGGUGGGAAAGGGAAAAUAAGAAGAAAAUAAGGAAAUAGCAAAGGAAUGAUGUCAUACUUUAUUAAAUUUUUUGUACAUAAGCAGGCUUAAAGCAAUGAGAAACAAAGAACUCAUUCAUUUAUCGGCCACAAUGUACUGGUAUUUUUAUAUGACAUCAAUACAAGUUUUGUUUUGAAGCUUCUCUU